AAAGUGAAGGACAACGAAACUGCUUCAGACAUUCCUCGUCAGUACGACUUCAAACUUUUUCUUAUAAAGGACCACAUUCAAAUUCUUCGCUCGGUAAACUUCGCUGGUUUCUACUCUUAAGAUUAAUUAAGCUUUCCAUCUCACCUUUCCCUUCCAACUGAGGAGUGAGUGAGAGGGUGGAAGAUGUCCCUAGCAAGCGGCCACGAAGCUCGCCUCCUGGAGGGAGACGAGUUCGAGAGACUGACGAGGAACUUUCCGCCCUACAGGACAGGCCUGGUUCGCCUGUCCCCAGGGGGGUGGGUCUUCCCUGAGCAGUAUCGCAGAUACGCCGACCACCUCUACAACUUCGAAGUACGACCAACAGAUGUCUUCCUCGUCACCUACCCAAAAGUGGGCACGACCUGGACCCAGGAAAUCUUGUGGACGAUGAUAUUCAACCCGGAUUUAGACAACCCAAAGCAGACGGUGUCGCUGGAGAAGCGGUCGCCCUUUAUAGACCUGGACAUGCUAUUCCCGACCGAAGUCCCGCCCAAGUUGGAGAAACUGAUGGAGCCUGCCUUGGAAGAAUUCCACAAGGUGUGUCCUGGCAAGGACCCCAAAGAAGGGAUGUACUGGCAAAUGGGGGCGGCCUGCAAGGACCAUCCCCGCAUCCUGAAGUCGCACCUGCCUCUCUCGCUCUUGCCUCCUAUGUUAGUGGAUGUGGCAAAGGUGGUCUACGUCAUGCGUAAUCCUGGUGACGUCAUUACGUCCUACUACCAUCACUGCAGCCUCUUCAACGAGAUGAAGUUCACGGGGACGCUGGAGGACUUUUCCGAACUCUUCCUGAACGAUGAUUUGGUCUAUUCGCCCUACUGGCUCCACGUCAAAGAGGCCUGGGAGAAAAGGACCCACCCCAACAUGCACAUCCUUUGCUUCGAGGACAUGAAAUCUGACAUCACGGGGGAGCUCCAAAAACUCAACGAGUUCCUGGGGACCAGACUCGACGAGAAGCAGCUGGAGAACGUGAAGAAACACACCACUUUCGACGCCAUGAAGAACAGAAAAACCAUAUUCGAUUUCGACAUAAGCGAGACAUCGAAGUUUGUCGACGCUGAGGUCCUGAAGAAAGAUGGAGGAUUCUUUAGACAAGGAAAGACUGGAGAUGGGAAGAAGAAGUGAGCCCAGCAAUGCAGAAACGUCUGAAGGAUUGGUGUGGAAAACGAUUCAAUUUUGGUCUGACUUUCGAUUGAAGCCUAGUCUCUCUCUCUCUCUCUCUCUCUCUCUCUCUCUCUCUCUCUCUCUCUCUCUCUCUCCUUACUGACGUGCAAGUCAAGCACCAACCCAUGUAAAACCAAGCUGAGUAUUUCAUGAAACAAAGAGGAAGACAGAGAAUUUGAUUACAGUCCGGAUGAGAAUGGUCUGCAGAACUUGUGAAACCAAUUGUCGUUUGAGAAUGUGCCUUCCACAAGGUAUCUGGUGGAAUACCAAAAUAAGUCUAAGUAUGGGAGGCGCAAAUACUCUGAAAUGGAGAGAGGGGUGAAGGGAGGCUUAGGAAAGUCUUCAGAAACUGUUUAUUUUUACAAAGGAGUUCUUAAUCAGACUUUAAUUCUCUAACUAGUCACUUGCUUUGUAAAUGGGUCAUUGUUUAUAAUUAAGGUUUCGUGUGGACCUAGUAAAGCUGUAUGCCUUUCUCAUUCACUGUUCUCAAAGGUUCUUGAAACUAACGAACCCUAACUUAUUCAGUCAUCGAUAUGUCUUCCAUAAUGCAAGAUUUACAAAGAAGCAACUCCCACAUCGCUUUUGCUCAAGUUUUCGUCUUGCUCUGAACUUUGACCUAGAAUAAAACCAAAGGAUCAUGUCAGGUCACCAUGAAUGACCUUACUUUAAAGCAUAAUGUUUCACUAUUUCUUUUUAUAUUCAUUUUCUUUCAUCACUCCGAUGACAUGAGAGAAAAGGGCCCUUUAGUCUGUUCAUCUUGUUAGAAUCUUCUCAGUGACGAAGAAAAAACUACUUUAAAAAACUUAUAUAUUUCAUAUGUAAUUUCAUCACCAUUAAAAAAACAAUGGC